AGAUAUUUAAACUGAUACACUUUUUGGGGAAAUAUUAUUGUUUUUAUUUCAUGUUGACAGCUUACCUAUAAAUGCACCCACGUCUUCUAGCUCAAUGAAGAAACGAAGAAAAAUGUAUUUAAUUUGGUAAAAUAGUUCAGUGUAUCACCAUCCCACCUGCUGAUUAUCUAUGAAACUUUGAGUUGCAUUGUGUCCAAAGAAUCUGGUGCAUGUUGAAGAGAAAUUAGUUUAAGGGCACAAACCAGCACACACACUCAUACUGUCUGCAGUGAAAUCUGCCAGGACAAGUCUCAUUCUUGCUUUAUACACGGUCUUAUUGCUAAUUCCUAAAAUAAAAGUGAAAUGUGGCUGUUCCUCAUUUUCCUGCCUGCACGGGACCCCCCUUCUCCGCCCCAGAAGGAGCCCUGCUGGCCCGGGAACCCUUCAGGAGCCACUGCAGUGAGCUAUUUAUGGUCUCCAAAGGAACAAGGUCCCGCCUCUCCGGAGACAUUUUCAUAUACCAUGUUAGACGCCUCUCCUCCUCUCCUUUCUCCUCCUCGCUCGUACACCUAUGGAGGAUGCUUUCCGCCCCGGGGGCCUCCUCUUCCUGCGCUCCUAUUGGCCCGCCGUGAGCCUCUGCCGCGGUGACGUCAGGCCCCGCCGCCCCUGCAGCGCUGAAUGGACCGAGCAGCCUGUCUGAUUCACUCCAAAACAGCUCAGCACGGCACGGACAUCGUCACGGGAAUAGACACAUAACAGGGAUAGAGGCUUGACGGGACAGCGAGGGAGCUCACCCUGCAGAGAGGAGAAAGGCCUCAACAUCAGCACCAUCAUAUUUUUUUUUUCUCCAGGAGACAGGACGGGGGAGUGCGCCCACCGUGUUGCGGGUGUAUGUGCGUGCGUUUGUCUCCCGGUUUGGAUCACGAUGAUGCAAAGUGCGGCGGUCCUACCGACAGAGAGUCCAGUAAAGAGUUUACCGGAGAUUCUCGGAGUGCCACUGCAACAGAUCCCUCAGUGUGCCGGCUGUAGUCAGCACAUCCUGGACAAGUUCAUCCUGAAGGUGCUGGACAGACACUGGCACUCCAAGUGCCUCAAGUGCGCCGACUGUCAGACUCCGCUGUCGGACAAAUGUUUCUCCCGGGCAGGAAGCGUGUACUGCAAGGAGGAUUUCUUCAAGCGUUUUGGAACAAAAUGUGCAUCAUGCCAACAGGGCAUCCCUCCGACGCAGGUUGUGCGGAAGGCGCAGGACUUUGUGUAUCACCUGCACUGCUUUGCCUGCAUCAUGUGCAGCCGACAACUGGCCACAGGGGACGAGUUUUACCUCAUGGAGGACGGAAGGCUAGUCUGCAAGGUGGAUUAUGAGACCGCAAAACAAAACGAUGAUUCAGAGGCAGGGACCAAGCGACCGAGGACCACCAUCACGGCCAAGCAGCUAGAGACCCUCAAAAGUGCCUACAAAAACUCGCCGAAGCCAGCUCGCCACGUCAGAGAGCAGCUGUCCUCGGAGACGGGGCUUGACAUGAGAGUAGUGCAGGUGUGGUUCCAGAACCGGCGAGCAAAGGAAAAGCGUCUGAAGAAAGAUGCAGGUCGACACCGCUGGACUCAGUUUUAUAAAAGUGUCAAACGCAGCCGAGGAGGUACUAAAGUGGAGAAGGAAAGCUCGGCGGACGACGCAGGACUCAGUGACAGUGAAUUGAGCUUCAGAGAUGACCAGGUCCUGUCAGAUCUCGGCCACACCAAUGGGCUUUACGGGAGUGUCGGUGACGUGACCAACAGCGGGGUGCUGAACGGCAGCUUCUCUGUCGACGCUGCGGGACAACCCUACCACGACAUCCGAGCAGGAAGCCCCUAUGGUCUCCCUCAGUCGCCCUCCUCCAUCACCUCUCUGCCCGGCCACACCCCUCUCCUCAACAACCUGGGCUUCAACAUGGACAGUCUGGUGGUGCAGGGCGGGCCGGGCGGUGUGGGACAGGCCCUGAGGGCCAUGGCAGGAGGUCCAACCUCAGACCUCUCCACAGGCAGUAGUACAGGAUACCCCGACUUCCCCACCAGCCCCGCCUCAUGGCUGGACGAGAUGGAUCAUUCCCAGUUUUGAGUCUCGAGCAUGGUAGAAGAUCGCUGUGGGGAUACGACAAAACAGACUCACAAGGCUUUUUACUUUUCUUUCUAUCACCCUCCAAGACUGGUAUGUUUUGUGAUUUUGGGUGAAGAGGAGAAGGAAGAGAAGAAGUGCGACCCUCAGCAGUCAUAACGGUGAGGUAACAACCGGGUCGAGAUGUGCAGUCCGGACAAAAGCAGUGAAGAACACCUCCACACCACUGAAUGUUCAAUCUCAACACUAUCAUACAAUUUUUGUUAUCACCUGAUUUUAUUUUGUCCUUUCACUCUGAAAAUGAGACUGGUUUUCCAAUAUGUUGGUGGAUUUUGCUCACAGGGGAGGUAAUUGCCUCGUCCCCCAAAAUAUCUCUAACAGCUACAACAAUAGGGCUACAAUCUAGAUCCAAGUCCCUAUGAGACCCAGGAGGCACCUGCAUGCUUCUUGAUUGAUAAUGAGUAGGACUGCCGUCUGGCCAUAUCAAAGCCUUUACAUUGGCGAUGCACUUUACUCUCCUCUUCUUUUUUUUACACAUAUGAACAGGAAUGCAGAGAGGGGAAGAGAGAAAAAGAGGAGAGACAUAUGCACAAGGCAAAAACACAGUGUUUCAUUGGGAGAGAAAUUUACAAGAACAGUGGCACAAGUGUGAAUUUUGAACCAUGCUGAUGUUUUUUAAUGUAUUGCUGAAGCUUACAAGUUAUUAGGAAGUAGAUGGCCGUUGGUUGGUCUGUCUGUCCGUCCGUCUGUCUGUCUGUAGAAACUGAUGUCUCCUCUGUUUGAGUGAGGGCGAACACUGUUUGCUACACAGCAGGUCUGUCUCUCUUCUAUAUUUAUAGGUGCUUGACUUGUUCUUGUCUGUGUCAAAGCUGUCCGUGAACAGACAUCUGUCAGUAUUAAAUUAUCUGUUUCCAGACUCACCAGGCUUCAAAGCUUAUGUGUUGGAGGACAGUCAAGAAAUUUAGGGUUUGGAGAAAUCCAGCUCUAACCGUUCUAGUAAUAUAUCACACAUCUAAAUGAUUAAUUUAUUUUUUUGAAUGCACAGAUGUAAGACAAGGAGAUCCAUUUAUAAAGACAUGCAGAUUCCUUUGCCGAUAUUAUUGAGCAAAUUAAGUGGUUACACAAAAUACAAAACAUUAAUUUGACAUUCAAAACACCAACAAGUAUUAGCAGGAAAACUGAUAGAAAUUCCCUUUGUGCUGGCUGUUUUCUCAGUUUGAUACAGGCUUCUCUUGGUAAUCUACUCAGUCCAGCAGAGCUCUAGCAUUGCCUGCUAUCAACCUACUUACUGACCCCAGAUGUGUUGUCAGUCUGUUCUCCCCCUGCCUGGCCUCCAUGUGAGGGAUUAACACAGAGCCCCCCCCCCCCCACUAUCAGGGCUGAUACUCUGCUGCAGCUUCAGUGCUAGCAAGACUACUGGGCUGAUAAUGUUUCUUACUGUUCAAGCCACAUCAGCUACAUCUUAAAGUCCUCCACGACAACUGAGACAGAAGACUGAUUCACUAAAAGUGCAACACCUGAUUCUUAUUUUCUUGACAUACGAACUUUCUUUGAUGUAAGAGCAACUAAUAGUUUGAUUUGACCUGUUGAGCAUGUCAAAACCAGUGACCAGUUUGAUCUGAGGGAAGGUUUGCAUAAAAACACAUCUUUACUCUUUAAUUGAAGAAAAGAAAUCAAAUCUUAUCUAUGUGGUCACCUUUUUGCAAUUGCCAAGUCCUUUUUUUUUAACCAGAGCAUCUUAUUUAAGAGCCAGAAAGCAAAUCAACAAACAGAAAGUGACACCAUUAAGAAAAUCACUUUAGAUUACAGCCCGAAAAUGGAAGCAUAAUUAUCUAGUAAAUACAUGGUAUCAAUAAAAUACUUACUGUGUAACUAUAUUCAUAUGUAAGUACAGGGGAAGACAAGAUGUUAGGAAAUAAGGGGUCUGUGUUUAAGAGGGACUUAUAUUACAUAAAUCACACUUUUUUGAAUUACUGAUAUAUAUACAUUUAGUAAUUAUGGAGUACAGUAAUAUUACUAGAUAACAAGGCAGGGAAAAUGGGGUAACAGUGUUGAUAUUUCAAUUAAAUUAUUUGUGGUAUAAUUUACCCUGUAAUUACUUAAUAUGCACCAGGUAAUUUAAAAACUACUUACAGUAUAAUACAUUUCUAUAUCCCCCCUGAAUGCUAAUUUGUUACCCCCUUAUUCCCUGUAUUCUUCCCUUGUGCAUAACAGUAGAUACCCAGUAAGUGUGUCAUUGGUACCUCAUAUGUACAAAAUAUUUAAAGUGUAAUUUGUGGGCUAUAAUCUAAAGUAUUGAGGGAAAAUCACACAUAUUACCACUAAAGUUUUGUUAAGUCUGUGUUGCCUCAGAAGUUUGCAUCUUAAUUGUUGUAAAUUUUGUACAGUUUGAAAACGUGUUGAUUGUCUUGUUUCAUGAGCGCUAUUUAUUAUUGCCAUGUGUCUUUGAAAAAGAUGUAAAACAGAGCACUGAAUUUAUUCAUUUAUGCCUUCUGUGUAAUGGUAUGAACCGUGUACAGUCAAAUCUAUAGGAAAAGGAAAAUAAAGCUGAAUUGUCUUUGGGUUA